GUAACGAUGUAGAAAGAGGAAAGAUCACCACUGGGGCCACUUAUAUAUGUAAACUGCCUACACGUGUCCUUCAAAUUCUGGAAGAAAGUGUUCCAGUGUAUUUCACCAUCAUCCUUUCAGGAUGGAAGCCAUCACUUUGUCUCAUGGUUCAUUUUCUAGGGACCCAUGCUACUUUUAUAAUGAAAGGACAGAGAUGGACAGGAUGGUGUCUGACUGCCUGACAAAUAGUUACCAGGAGUCAGUGACCUUUGAGGAUGUGGCUAUAGACUUCACCCAGGAGGAAUGGACUUUAUUGGACACAAAACAAAGGAACCUUUACAGAGAGGUGAUGCUGGAGAACUACCAGAACCUGGCCUCAUUAGAAUGGGCUAUGCGACUUAACACCAGAGGGACAAUGUUUCAGCAGGAUAUUUUUCAGUUAAAAAUAUCAAAUGAGAUACAACUGUCAAAUAGCCACAAUGGAAAGGAGCUGUGUGACUUUAAGCCACGUGAAGACAACUUCAAAGAACCUUCAUGUAGUCUGACACACAAAGAUAUUCAAAACAGAGGAAACAUUUAUGAUUGUGUUCAGUAUGGACAAGCCAUUCCUACUUGGCCUGAGGAAAACUCUUCUGCAGACAAAGGUCCUGAAUUAAGCCAGUAUGAAAAAGACAUCAGUCUGGCUGCAAGUGAUGUUUACCAGACAACAUGUGUACAAGCCAAAUUCCUCGAAUCUAGUGAAUUUCAGCAAGCCUUGGAUAGUCAGUCAUAUCUUCAGGCAUCUGGGAGAACUCACAGUGAAGACAAACUCUUUAAAUGGGUACGGUGUGGUGAUGCUUUUAACCCAGCUGUGGGUCAAACAUGCACUGGAAAAAAAUCCUAUGAAUGUAAUGAAUGUGGGAAAAGUUUUAAAUAUUCUGCCAACCUUAAUAUUCAUAUGCGUACCCACACUGGGGAGAAACCUUAUCAAUGUAAGGAAUGUGGGAAAGCUUUUUCUAGGUGUUACCCUCUAACUCAGCACUUAAAAACUCACACUGAAGAGAAACCCUUUGAAUGUAAGGUUUGUGGAAAAUGCUUUAGAAAUUCCUCAUGCCUUAAUGAUCACUUUCGAGUUCACACUGGAAUAAAGCCCUAUAAAUGUAAGGACUGUGGCAAAGCCUUCACAGGGCGCUCUGGCCUUAGUAAACAUUUACCAACACAUACUGGAGAGAAGCCUUAUAAAUGUAAGGAAUGUGGGAAAGCCUUCACUUCAACCUCAGGCCUUAUUAAACAUAUGAAAAGUCAUAUGGGAGAGAGACCCUUUGAAUGUGAUCAUUGUGGAAAAGCUUUUGCUUCUUCCUCAACUCUUAUUACACAUUUGAGAACACACACUGGAGAGAAGCCCUAUGAGUGUAAAGUAUGUGGGAAAGCGUUUACAUGUUCCUCUUACCUUCGCAUUCACAUGCGGACUCACACUGGAGAGAAGCCCUAUGUAUGUAAGGAAUGUGGCAGAGCCUUCACUGAGCGCACAAGUCUUACUAAACAUUUACGAACACACACUGGAGAAAAUCCCUUUGAAUGCAAUGUGUGUGGAAAAGCAUUUGCAUGUUCUUCCUACCUUCAUAAUCACAUACGGACUCACACUGGAGAGAAACCUUAUAUAUGUAAGGAAUGUGGAAAAGCCUUUACUGUUUCUUCACAUCUGAGUAAACAUGUAAGAAUUCACACAGGGGAGAAACCUCAUAAGUGUGAGGAAUGUGGGAAAGCAUUCACUGUGCGUUCUGGUCUCACAAAACAUAUACGAACUCACACUGGGGAGAAGCCCUAUACUUGUAAAGAAUGUGGGAAAGCCUUUACUACAUCUUCAGGCCUCCUUGAACAUAUAAGAAGUCACACAGGAGAGAAACCAUAUGAAUGUGACCAGUGUGGAAAGGCCUUUGCUUCUUCUUCAUAUCUUAUUGCACAUCUGAGAAUUCAUACUGGAGAGAAGCCCUUUGAGUGUAAUGUGUGUGGGAAGGCAUUUACAUGUUCCUCCUACCUUCACAUUCACAUGCGAACUCACACUGGAGAGAAACCCUAUGAAUGUAAGGAGUGUGGGAAAGCUUUUGCUGUUUACUCACAUCUAAGUAAACAUGUCAGAAUUCACAGUGGGGAGAAAGCCUAUAAAUGUAAAAGUUACGGAAUACCUUUCAGUAGUUCUCAUAUUUCAGGACACAUAAAAACCCUUGAGAUAAAUUCUUUGGUUGGAAGGAAUGAAGAGACUGCUUUAGGAAGUUCUAUUGCUUUAACAGUGCAUUCAAAUUCACAGUGGCAAGAAAGCUUAUCAGUGUAAGCCAUUUGUAAAGUGAUUAUAUACUAGUUGGCUUUAAAGAUGUGAAAGAACUCAUGUUGCAAAGAUGCCUCAUGAACUCAAAGAGUAUGGGAAGUCAUCAGAAUGCUCAAAAUCAAGUUCACAUGAACCCACUUUGAAGCUGCACAGUGUCAGAAAUUGGAAAGCCUUCACUGUUUCAUGGGCUUUUUAGAAGUAUGUGAGAGAAACUAUUGAUAUACAAUGUGGAAAAUUGUAUUUCUGCUCAUUGCUUUUAUUACCUAUAGUGGAGGAUUUUGUGAAAGUAAGAAAUGUUGGAAAGUAAUUAUUUACAUUAGUCAUCAACAUUCAGUAAACAUGAAGUGGUUCACACUUGGGAAAAUGUGUGUAUAGAAUAUGGAGGUUGUUUCUUUGUCUUAAGAUCUUGUAUACUAACAGAAACUUGGCUUUCUUGAUAGUUUUAUAAAUUUGUUUUAACCAUUUUUUUGCAUUUUCAAUAUUUGAGAUAUUUUUAAUAUUUGCACUUAAUGACUUUCCAGUCUUUAAAAUCUAUUUAAGAUGUAUAAGAUUCUGUGGAGUAUAUACACACAAAACAAUUAUCAGUUUAAUUAAAAUGUGAUACAGUAAUUUGGUUUUGGUGUUAUGAAGCAAUUUUUACUCUCUUAGAAAAUUCAGGUAAAGUACAUUGUUAACUAUAUUCAUCAACUGAACUCUUAAGUUAUCUUGUAACUGAAAGUUUAUAACCUUUAACAAUAACUCAUAAACAUUAACUCUUAGCUCUUGGUAACCACAAUUACAUUUUUUUCUUCUGUUUGACUCUAUCACCCUCUUUUGAAGACAGGGUCUCACUAUGUAGUUCUGACUAUCUUGUAACUUACUAUGUAGACCAGCCUGGCCUUGAACUUACAGAGAUCUGCCUCCCAAGUGCUGGGAUUAAAUGCACACAUAACCUCACCCAUUUACACUCCAUGUUUAAAUAUUAUAAUGUAUUUUUAGUUUUUGUCUUGGUUUAUUUUGAUAUAACAAAAUGUCUUCUAGUUUCAUGCCUGUUGUCUUGCAUGACAGAAUUUCCUUUAAGAAAUGAAAAGGGUAGACAUUCUACUCUUUACGAACAGACUCAAAACAUUUGUAUGUAUGUGUACAUGUGAUGUGAGUGUGCAUGCAUCUCUGUAGGAGUAUGGGCUCUACAGUGUGCAUAUAGAGGUCAAAGGAGAACCUUGGGUUUCAUCCUUGCCUUCUACCUUAAAACAGUCAAUUUCUCAUCUUGCCAGUCCCUAUGGAAGUUUCUUUACACAAAUGAACACUUAGGUUGUUUCCAUACUCUAUUGUUGGAAAUAAAUUGAACUGCUACAUUGAACAUAGAUUGCAAAUAUCUCAGUAAGCAUUCCUUAAGUUUAUGCCCAUAAUCAGUCUGUCGGAUUAUUUAGUUGGUGUAUUUAUAGUUUUAUGAGGAGCUUUGACACUGUUUUUCAGAUAGCUCUACCAAUUUUUCUUCCAUUCAGAAUGACAGUAUAUGCAAACAUUUUUGUCUUUCUUUUUUUUUUUUUUUUUUUUUGGUUUUUCGAGACAGGGUUUCUCUGUGUAGCUUUGCGCCUCUCCUGGAACUCACGUGGUAGCCCAGGCUGGCCUCGAACUCACAGAGAUCCGCCUGGCUCUGCCUCCCGAGUGCUGGGAUUAAAGGCGUGCGCCACCACCGCCCGGCUGUCUUUCUUAUUUAGAUGUCUUUUAUUUCUUUUUCUUAUUUAAUUGGCUCAAAGUUGCAGUAUCAUGAUGAAUAUAAGGGAUGCUGUUGUUCUUGAUCUUAAAGGAAAAGCUCUGGAGUUUUUACUGAUUAUGAUGAUAGUCACUGGCUUGUCAUACAUGUAUAGUCAUUAACAAAUUAAGGUGCAAUCAUUUCUAUAUUAAAUAUAUUAAAUAUUUGUUGAGAGUAUCAUGAAA